AUGCCGCGUUGCCUGAUGGCAAAGAAAUUCAAGGCGUACGCCUGGCCUGAACGAGGGUCAGGGGCGGGCGGCGGGGGUGGUAGGAACACUUCCCCUGCACCUCAACAGGCCCCUACGGAGGAAGACGAGGAAAUAGAUGUGGUGGGGGAUGUGCCGGCACCGGCCACCUGCUGGGGUCCGUCCAGUCCGACUGAGGGGGCCACGGCGCCAUCGCCACCGCCCACAUCACCACACCAUCAUGGGGGCGGGGGGACUACCAUCUUGUACAACGGUGAGUACUUUUAG